CCCAGCCACGGCUUCCAACCUGCAACUUACUGUAGACCAAUGCCCACCUGGGACCCUGCAGGGCAGCCCCCUGGGGGUACACGCGGUGCCUCCAGACGUGCAGGAGGGCAGUGAGUGCUCGAGAAGGGGAGGGGACUUGUGCCCCACCUUGGUGCCAGCUUGGCCUGGUCACUGGGCUUCCUCUUCCUCCACCCCCCACCUGACCUUGAGGCCUCUCUCUCCCACGGUGGCUGCUGUGGAGGGGGAGGGGGACCCAUCGUUCACAAGCCUGCCUGCCUGUGGGGGGACCUUGGCCCACGCAGAAGGGUGCACUGGGGGGUCUGCUCCCCAGUCCAGCGUGCACCCCACCACCACUGUAGAGCUCCCCCACCCCUCAAAAAAAGCUAGCUUCCUCAAAUUGACCUCUAGAGUUUCUCUUUUUCUAGUUUCUGCUCUGGGUUGGGAGGAGGGGCUGGCCCUGGUGACACUUUUUCCUCCUUCUGUGACCCCAUUGUGAGGGGGUGGGAAGUCACUGCACCACCACCCCUCUUCUUCUUUCUCUGGCCUUUGUUCUCUGCCCCGAAAGUGGGAGGGGGCAAAUUGGAGGGGCGGGGGCACCCAGCCUCAGUGCCGGGGAGGCCGAGACAGGAUGUUAGGAAAAUAUUUAGUAAGCCCUGCCAGCAGGGAGGUUGGGGCUGGCCCUAACCAGGGUUCAUGGUUUUGUCGAAGCCUUUCUUUUCCCUUCUCCUCCCCCUUUUCUCAUUUUCUUGGCUGUGGCUGGGCCUUCCUCAGAUGCGGGCCCUGGCCACCUCCCAGAAGGGUGACACAGGCCUCAGCAAUCUGCCUGUUGCCAGGGUGGGGGAAGCAGGCUGCUGCCCGCCCUGGGAAGGGGUGGGCAGGUUCUUGGGCCUCCCUGGCCAGGCCAGGCCAGGCCGCCACAGGAAACCUGCUUCUCUGGUCAUGGUCAUAAGGUCUCCUUUUCCUCCUGCCCAAGGCAGUCACCCCCUCCCCAGCCGUCCGGUGUGUAACGACCUGCUGUGGCCAGGCAGUCCUGGGGGCUGGGGGAAAAUGGGUGGUCUGUUCUGAGCUGGGUUGUGGGAGAGAGUCUUUGGAUCCUGGUGGGGGGAACAGGUGAUUUCCUGGGGCGAGUGUGAACAGCUCCCUGCGCAGUGGGGGCUGAGGUUGGCAGGGGGGCCCCCUGAGUGUGUUUGGUUCACAUCUUCCCCAGUGCCAGCGUCAGGAGGGGGGUGGGGGUGUGCUGGGCGGAGAGACUGGUCUCCCCAGGGUUGCUUUCCUGCCUGGCACCUAGUCAUGCCCGCCCAUUGGCCCUCCCAAGGGAGGAAGUUGCAGCAUGGGGAGGGGGGGGCUGCUCUCAGUAGCUUCUUCAGCUUCUUCCUGCAAGGGCAUCUCUGAGGUGUGGGGUGCUGUGUAGGCUGGGGCUUGGGAGGGACUGCUCUGAUCACCUCUUUGCUGCUGCCCCCCCCCAUGGCCCCAAACAGAAGGUUACACCAGCCAGCCGCUGCCAGCACAGAGGGGAGGGAGAUCUGGGAGGCGGUCGGUAGGCUCUGAGUCAUCUACUCUGUCACUUCUCAGAAACCUCCACCCCCCCCAUCCCAGCCCCUGGGGAGAACAGGCCCUGGCCACCUCCCCCUGGGGGGGGAGCUCAGUGCAGCCAGGGUCAUAAUACAGCCAAGAACCCGCCCACCAGGCAGGAGGGCAGGUCUGAGGGUUUGUGACUACCAGCUCUUUGAGGCCCCUGGAGACAUGGCCCCCUGGGAUCUGGUCAGGGCCCCUUUUCCAAAGCCAUGUUGCCGCCCCUUGGCCUCUGCCCCGCCCAGGACAGAUAAAUAUUUAUCUUGAGAAAGCAAAGGUUAGGGUGGAAGAAUUUGCCCAGGAAUUUCGCCCACUCAAUGUCUGGGUGAUUUAGCUGGGAGGGGGCAUGAGAUUCCCCCCCCCCACAUUCACAGGCAUAGAGAUGUUGGGGACCCAAAAGAAUCGGGAAAUGGAUGAGCCCCCAGCGGCGCCGGGGCCAGGCCGGGCUGGCGGAGAAGGCUUCCGGAAAUACAGAUUCAUUUUAUUUAAGCAUCCGUGGCACCGACAGGGACCCCAGAGCCCAGAGAGGGGCGGCGAGAGGCCCCAGGUCAGUGACUUCUUGUCCGGCCGCUCACCGUUGACCCUGGCUUUGCGGGUCGGGGACCACAUGAUGUUCGUGCAGCUGCAGCUCGCUGCCCAGCACGCCCCACUACAGCACCGCCACGUACUGGCUGCUGCAGCUGCUGCGGCCACUGCCACCCGAGGAGACGCCAGCAUAACCACUCCCAUGUCCUCACCCUGCCGGCCGGUGUCCAGUGCCGCCCGUGUCCCCCCAGUACCCACCAGCCCUUCUCCUGCAUCUGCCUCACCUGUCACAGCUGGCUCCUUCCGAUCCCACGCAGCCUCCUCCGCCUGCCCGGAGCAGAUGGAUUGCUCCCCACCUGCCAGCAGCAGCGUCAGCCCCGGAACCAGCACCCCUUCUACCCCCGGGGGCAGCCCUAGUCCCCGCUCCCGCAAACCCGGCGCUGUCAUCGAGAGCUUCGUAAACCAUGCCCCGGGGGUCUUCUCAGGGACCUUCUCUGGCACGCUGCACCCAAACUGUCAGGACAGUAGUGGGCGGCCGCGCCGCGACAUUGGCACGAUCCUCCAGAUCCUCAAUGACCUCCUGAGCGCCACAAGGCACUACCAGGGCAUGCCCCCCUCUCUGACCCAGCUCCGCUGCCACGCCCAGUGCUCACCUGCCUCGCCAGCCCCUGACCUCACCCCAAAAACUACCUCCUGCGAGAAGCUGGCGGCUGCGCCCCCAGCCUCCCUGCUGCAAGGCCAGAGCCAGAUACGCAUGUGCAAGCCCCCUGGGGACCGGCUUCGUCAGACAGAGAACCGGGCCACGCGCUGCAAGGUAGAGCGACUUCAGCUCUUACUGCAGCAGAAACGCCUGCGCAGGAAGGCCCGGCGGGACGCCCGUGGCCCUUACCACUGGCCACCCAGCCGCAAGGCUGGCCGCAGCGACAGCAGUAGUAGUGGGGGAGGCAGCAGCCCCAGUGAGGCCUCCGGCCUGGGCCUCGACUUCGAGGACUCAGUUUGGAAGCCAGAAGUGAACCCUGACCUCCAGUCCGAGUUCGUGGUGGCUUAGGAUCCGGCACACUCUCGCCCCUGCUCAAGCUUCGGCCCAGGGUGGACACGCACCGAGCUGGGUCGCCACCACUGCCACCAAGACAUCGCACACGGCCUGGUGCCACGGCCCAGCUCUGGAGGGCAGUGGUCACCUCCCUCCUGACCCACCCACCAGCCUUUUUUUUUUUCUUUUUUUUUUUUUUUUAAUAUCGUGGUGGUACCUCCUGCGUCCCUCUCCCACCUCUUCGUCUCUGCUGGCGAUGCUGGGUCCUUCCCUCCCACCUUCCCCAGCUCCAAUAUGUAGCAGGCUGUCCAGAUGGCAGGCAGGAGGAGGAAGGAGGCCAGGAAGCCGCCUCUGCCCCUCUUCCGCUCUGCCCUCACCCCUCCCGCCCUCCGCCUCCCCCCAUCCCAUUCAGGUUUUAAGUCAAAAAUGUAGACGCCUCAUUAUGCACUUUACAGAUGAGGGGAUGGGGCUGUGGAGAGAAGACUCCAUCCCACCCCCCUACUGCAGGCUCUGGCCUCCACCCCGGGCCAGCAGGACCCGCCUGUCACCGGGAGUGAAGCCACAGGAGGGGACUGUUUUCCACAUCUGUCCUUUUCUUGGUCUUUUUUUUUUUUUUUUUUUUUUCCUUCCUCCAUGUGAAGCCGUGUUCAGUCCGGCCCAGGCUGUGGUGAGGGGGGCUGUCUUGGGCUAAGGCAAGGGGCCUGGAGACCUUUUCCUGCCAAAAAUGGAAACGGGGACCAGCCCGCGCCCACCCUCUCCAGUCAGCCGGCCACAAGUGUGCCGUUGUCCUCCGCGCCCUCUGCCCCCCCCACACACCCCAUUUCCCUGACCUCUUGCCUGAGUUUGGGGACUAUUUAUAGACUUAACUUUCUGACUGAGCCAAUUUUGGUUGGGAAUGGCUUGAAAACCAGGGAGAGAAAUGGUAGGGGGCUGGGGAGUUGCCCCCCACCUCUUCCUCCUUUCAAGCCCAGCCUGAGGGGUAUGGGGUGUGGACUGUCUGGGGAUUCUCCGGAGCCAGAUGGGGAGGGGGGUGCUGAGCUGUGAACGCCCCACGGGGCUGCUGUGUAGCAUUAAGCCCCCCUGGGGGUCCGCUGCUGGUCUUAUAUAGGACCCUCCCCACGCAGUGCCCAAGCCCUAGGGGGUCUUGGGCCCCAGGGACUGAGGGAGAGACCCCUUACUGGGGCCUUUUCAAUGGGGGUGGAAUUUUUUUCCCCAUUCACUUUUUAUUUUUUUUAAAUGGGAAGUUUGGGCCCUGCCCACCCCCUCCUGUCAGUCUUACCCGGCCCCACCUGUGGUGGCCCCUUCUCCCUUUGUUCUUGUAGGUGAACCCCAAGUCCUUCCUGCCCUCGUCCUGUGUUUAAAGUUAAAUGGUUUCAGAAGUGAACAUCAUGUGUUAACUGUAGUUGUAAAAUUUUUUGUGGAGGGUGGGAGGGUAGGGAGGGGGUCCCAGAUGGUAGAGGUCAAGGAUUUGGUUUUUUAUUUUUUAUUUUUUGUUUGUUUUUUUGGAUUUUUUUUUCCAAAAAAAAAAAAAAAGAAAAUAAGGGGGGGGCAUUUGUUUUUUUUUUUUUUUGAAGAACCGUCUUGUAUACCUAUUUAAAUGUGUGUUCUGUUCUGUUUUUUAACGAUUUUUAAAUAACAAUAACGCCUGUGCCUCCGCGGGUCUGAGGGUGGAGGCCCCAGACUGAACCAGCCGGAAGGUCUGUGCCCUCCCUCUCAGGGCCCCCCAAGAAAGCAUUACAAACUGCCCUCAGGGGUCAGGCUGUGGGGGUCCUGGCACCGCGCGAGUAUACUGUAUGAAAAUUGAAAAAAAAAAAGCCCUACACACAUCUUGAUUUCCAGUAAUAAACAAAAUAAAACACAAGUUGUAUGUAGC